CCAUAACGCAGGUCUACGGGAGCUAUGGCCGUGCGGAAGCAGCAGCGCGUAUUAUUUUGCAGAAUUGAAAACGUGGAACACUAUUUCAAAAGAGGCAGUUCGCUCCGCGGCAAUGAUCUUUACGCCAGCAUUUAGUUUACGGCGUCCGAGACGAAAUUGGGUGCAGCGGACCCCUCCGACGCUGUUGGCAGGUGUGAAGCACAAGUGAAAAGCUUCGAUUACGACGUGCGGCUUCAGGCCCCCAUCAGCAAGCUGUGCCAGUGCAGAGUGAACACAAUGGAAGCACCUGUUCAUGCAGUGUAUAUGGGUAUGCCAAGCAAGAUACAUGGAAAAAAGAUCAUGCAGCGUUCCUGAUCGUCUGCUCAGCCAAUGGCUCAGCGUUUCGUUUGCAGAAGACAAACACUCGUCUGCUCGUUCCGUUCGCUUGCUCUUCGGUGUGCUGUACCCUGCGUAUGCAUCCUACAAGGCAGUCAAGAACAAGGACGUCAGGUCUCACCUUCAAUGGAUGAUGUACUGGAUCGUAUUUGCCCUAUUCACAUGCAUCGAGACAUUUUCUGACAUCUUUAUUUCAUUUUGGAUGCCAUUUUAUUAUGAGCUCAAGAUCUUGUUCGUUCUGUGGCUCCUGUCACCUGCAACAAAAGGAUCAAGUCUCUUGUACCGACGCUUUGUUCAUCCACAGCUUGUUCAACGUGAGCAGGACAUUGAUGAACUGAUCGAGAAGGCAAAGGAGCAAGGCUACUCUACCAUGUUGCUUCUUGGCAGCCGUGGUCUGAGCUAUGCCACCAGUGUGGUGCUCCAGACAGCCAUCAAAGCACAAGAAGCGAUUGCAGCGCACAGGAGUCAUGAGGUAGCAGCUAUCAAGGGCAGAGAGGACAGGCCAGAUGGCAAUGCGAUUGCUUGGAUGGACAUGGACAGUGAUUUAGAACACCUGCCACAGUUGCCGGCCCCUUGCCAACGACUUGCACCACUUGUGGGAACUGGUGACAGCCUGGACAUUGACAACAAUUUGUAUGCUGUGGAUCCAGGCACCCAUGGUGAAGAAAUUUGCUCAUCACCUCGCCCAGUUCCAACCAAAACAUCACGCUCAUCAGUUAAGAAUCGUAGUCGCAAUACGGCCAGAACAGCCGACUCGAGUGGAGCGGUGCGCCGGUCAACGCGUGCAACCAAAAAUGCAAGCAAGAAUUGAAGCCUUUGUCCCUUCAAAAACACCUCUGCACCGUCUUAGUGUGUCUGCUUAGGCAGAUAACAUUGUGAUUAUUGUUUCAGUUGAAGUGUGCCUUCUUUUUUGUACUACGAAAAAAAAAAAAAAGUUCUUUGUGCAGAACUGUGCUGCAGCAAAUCUUUUUAUGAGGUUGCAUGUUUUGUAGGAUGUUUAGGGCCUGGUUUGACUUAACUUGUUACCGCUGCAUUACACUAAUUGUGUGCAUUCCCAAUACCUAUACAUUCUGACUGUGUACAUCUUGCUAAUAUAUAUUAGCACAUGCUGGGAGAAGUGGAAGCAAUAUUUGAUAUUAUACCAUGCAUAAUAGGCUUUUCUCUCCCCUGCAUUUCCUCCUCUUUCUUUUUUUAUAUUUUCAAAUUUAGGUCAUAACAACUUACACUUCUGCAGAUAGCUGUGUGGGCUGGGCUACCAUUAAGACACUCCAAGUGCACUUGCCACCAUAUUUAGUGCAUUUUUUAGUGCCAUAAAUGCAGCUUCUUUUGUGCAUAUCUUAGCCUUCACUAUGCAGUUCUUGUCAGUUGAAUGAAUAAGCAACAAUAAACUUGCUGUGAUAUAUAUAUAGAUAUAUAUAUUUUUUCUUUAGAGGAAAGGGGACAUCUGUAGCUGCAGUGUGAACUUGUGGCACUUGCUUGCAGGUAUUAGAAUGCCUGUGUAAUCUCAACUCAAGUCACCUGCAUUGCUUUAAGUGCAUAUAUAGUAGUUAAAGUCACACAAGCUAAACUCAGUAUUGUGAAUUAGUGACAUUAUAACACUUGAAUUCACUUGUUAAUAAUCAAGUUGUUGCCACGGUUCUUGUUACUCCCACAGCAAUUGUUGAUGAGACACUUGUUGGCCAUCCUGCCACACUCAAAGGCAACAUUUAGGGGGGGUGAUGGUUGUGGUUAGAAUGCAGUGUCUGUGACUGUGUUUCUGUGGUAUGCUCGCAGUGUAAAUGCUUGUACUCAGUGUUGCUAGUAGCAUAAUUAGGAACAUGCUCAGCAGAAGCCCAUGUCACUUAUGUUUCUCCAAUUUUUUCUAUUGCAUUACUUGUGCCUUUGUUCUUAUGUGUUCAUUAGUGCCACAUCUGUGUGUUCCUGAACACCUUUGUCUAAGCCAUUUGUGCAAAAAUUGUGUGUCUGUGAAGAGGAAGAGUGGCAGCUGUGACUGCAUGCCCUACAGGGUAGUGAGAGCAAAAUUUCAAUUUUCAUUCAUAUUGCCCUGUCAGCUGAUCAUACGGAAGUGCAUGCAUUAAAUGGUGUCGGAUUGAGGACAAAGUAGAACACUCAGUAAUAUAUAUAUAUAGUGAUACAAAAUAUGUGCAUGGCCUAUUAUCAUGUUAAGGACCAUUUGUGGUUCCACUUGGAUCCUUCAAAGCAUGCAGGGCUACUGCAUACAUACCUAUGCUUACUGGUUUUUCAUUCACAAUUCAUAAGCUGUAUCCCAUGCAGGUAAAGCAAACUAUCACGUCUUCAUCACUCAUCUUUAAACUUGUGCUGAGAUGAGGGAUUGCAGACUGGCUGUGAAAACCGUUUACUAGAGGACAGUAAACUCUAGUCAGUGAAAAUUCCUUAUGGGUAUUGCACCAUGUGAACACGUAUUUUGUGUUUAGCCAAAGAAUAUUUCUUGACAACGGUAGAAAAACACUAGCAUAAAUUUGCUCGUAUAGUAGGACCACAAGUGCUUUUUUUUUUUAACCAUUUUCCUAUUCUCAAUGUUUUUCAUAUUGUCAUGAAAAAUACUGUGUUCUGUUUUCAUGGUGUGCAAUAUACCCAACUGUUUUUGAAAAUAAAUUGCGUAUUAUGUUA